AUGAGAAUAAGAAGAAUAGCUCUUUUCAAUUUCAAAAGCUUCUCGGAGGAAACUGUUCUCGAGAACGUGUCCGAGCACACAAACGUGCUUAUAGGGAAAAACGGGGCAGGAAAGUCCAGUAUUCUGAGCGCCAUUAAGUUUGUGAUUGACGCGCACCAGAGAAUAGGGCCUGUGGAGAGACGGAUUUUUGUGAAUGAAAACAGCAAGGAGCUGAAGGCGCAUGUGGAGAUAGAGUUUGAAAACGCAAACAAGGCCUUCCCUGCAGGCGAGACUGUCGUUGUCCGGAGAUCCAUCACGCAAAAGUCGGACGAGUACUGCGUGGACGGGCGCCCGGUUCCCAGGGACGAGAUGGUGUCCCUCUACGAAACUGCUGGAAUUUCAAAAGUCAUGCCCUACUUCGUGGUCGAGCAGGGGAAGAUUGGAGAGCUGGCGCAGAUGAACGGCCCUGCGCGCAUGCGCCUGAUCCGAGACCUUGCCGGGUCUGCUGUGUAUGAGAAAGACAAGGAGGAGAUUUCGCGCGUGCUUUCAGAGUCCGGGUCGAUAGAGCAGCGGAUAGAGGAGCUUGUGGGCACAAUUGAGAAAAGAGUCGAGGCAAUAGAGCGCGACAAGCUGCGGGCCUUGCAGAGGAAGGAGGCAGAGGCCGCCAAAGAAACAAUAGUCAGAGAGCUGUACAAAAGAGAGCUGGCCAAAGUGCGUGCCAAGCUGGAGGGGCUUUUCACAGAGGAGGCAAGCCACGUGGAGGACACGCAGGACGCGACAGAAGCGGCUCUGCGGAUGCAGCUCGAGGAGAUUCUGUCUGCAAUACACGCGCUCCCGGCGCAGGGGGAGGCAGCGUGCAGAGGCGAGGGCGCGCCCAGGAGAGAAGACCUGGACAAGCUCCUUGCUGCGAAGGAGCGGGAGCGGGCCUGCCUGGACGUGGAAAUAUCCCGCCUGGAGAGGCUGGAGGAGAGCAGCAAGGCAAUUCGGCCUGAGAUCAACAUCCUGCGCAUGCGGGGCAAGGACGCUGCAGAGAAGAAGCUGCGCGAACUAAAGGCGCUUAGAACGCACGCGGGGAGGGAGCAAAGCAUCCACGAAAAAGAAGCCCUGCUGGAGAGCAAGCGGAGCGUCUGCAAGAGAGAGAGCGAGCAUGCAAAGAAGAUGAAGGCGCUGGAGGAGGAGAUGAAGAGUGCGGAAAGAGCCUUCCUCCUGACACAGAAGGCGUUCUCUCUGGGGGCCGAGAUUCUGGCUGAAAAGGGCGUUGUUGGGUACGUGUACGACCUCAUAACCAUGCCGAAGGAGAUCCUGUCCGCUGUUUCCACCGCAAUUCCAAACUUGCUUGCAACAAUUGUAACAGAAACUCUUGAGGACGCAGUGCGCCUGGUGCGAGAGCACAACAUAGAGCAGCCCGUGAUCGCCCUCCCCGGAAAAGACGCUGCUCCGCGCGCCGGGCCGGCCAUUCCUCUUAUGGCGUUUUCGCAGUACAUUUCCUCGUCGGAGAAGUACGCGGCGCUGGUGGAAAAGCUGUUUGGCAGGAUAUACUUUGUGUCGGAUUUUGAGACUGCAAAGACGGCAUCGAGGGUGCACCGCGCCACGGUGGUUGCCGCGGCCGGGGAGUACUUUGGAAGCUCUGGCGCCAUAACCGGGGGGAGCGACAAGUCUUCGUACAUGUUUAAGGCGUACUUGGGCACAAAGGCAAAGUACAGAGAGGCUCUGGAAGAGGCUGCCGCAAUCCAGGAGGAAAAGAAAAAAGUUAUGUUUGAGUACGAAAAAGCCUCGGCAGACGCAGCUCUCUGUGCGCCUGGGUACAUUGAAGACGCAAUUUUUCUUUUGGAAAACGAAGACUUUGACGUUGAGGUCGAGCUUCUGCAGAAGAGAACAGACCUUGAGAAAACAUCCACGCACAAAAUACGCCUGGAAAUAGAGGAGUGUCUCCGCGCCGAAGCCCGCGCCGAAGCGGCAGCGGAAAGGGCAAGGCUUGAGGCGCAGGCAAAGGCCGUUGAGGACCGGCUUCUCAAGUUUGUCGGCUCUCCAGAGUGGGCGCAGCAGAUGGCAGAAAAGGGCCGGCUGGAGGGAAAGUUUCGGCGCAUCCAAAAGAGAAUUCUGUCGCUUGACGUGGAGAGCAGAGAGACCGUGUCUGUGUGCGGGCAGGAAGUAUCCCUGCAGAGCGCGCCAAAGGAGGAGCUGGUGCGCGCCCUGUCCGUGCUGAAGAAGGAGCUUGCAGAGGCGGUGUCAAGCUCGGAGGCCUCGGAGCAAAUGCUCAGCGACUACAACAAGACGCUGGACAAGCUGAAGGAGCUGGGGCACGCCAAAGAGAAGAUCCUGGAAAUGCAGGCGCACCUCGAGCAGAAGAAAGAGCAGGUUAUAAACAUAACAAUAUUCCAAGUCAAGUCCAACUUCGAGUACUUCUUCAGAAAGCUGACGGGCGGAAGCGCCUGCGUUUCAGUGCGCGGGGCCGAGGCCCUGGACAUAAGCACGGCCUUCUCCGGAGAGGAGAUGGUGCAGGCCGACGAGCUGAGCGGGGGGCAGAAGGCAGUUGUUGCGCUGUGCAUGAUACUUGCGGUCCAGAGAAUAUACGAGGCCCCCUUCUACCUGAUGGACGAGUUUGACGCAAAUCUGGACACACAGGUCCUGCUGAACAUUGUCGAGAGCCGGGUCUUUGACGGCAGGCAGCUGUUUGUCUGCACAUUCCGAGGCGAAACCCUGCAGAUGGGCGAGCGGUUCUUCAGCGUAAAGGAGUCCCUCGUGGAGCCGGCGUCGCUGGAGUCUGCCCGAGAGGAUCUGUGUGCGUUUCUGCCAUAG